CUAUCCGGUCAAGCUCUCCACUAGCUGUCUAUCGCUUGAAACUAUCUGAUGCAAUUUUAUGCAACUUUGCCGGUGUAUCAGAAGUUAAAUUUACAUUAAAUUAAACAAGUAUGGUGCUGGACAUCGAGUUAUUUCGUGCCGAGAAAGGAGGAGACCCAGCCAAGAUAAGGGAAAAUCAAGCUAAACGAUUUGAUGACGUGACACUUGUAGACAAGGUCUUGGAUGCAGACGCCACAUGGCGAAAAUUGAGAUUCCAGACAGAUCUGUGGAACCGGUUAAAGAAUCUUUGCAGCAAGACGAUAGGUGAUAAGAUGAAGAAACAAAAACCAGUUGGAGACAGUGAUUUGCUACCUAACGACUUGGAGGCUAACCUCGAAAGCUUGACAACAGAGACACUUCAGGCCCUCACCGUCACGCAGAUCAAGAAGCUGCAUCA